GGCUUGGCAUCGCCGCCGCAUCCUCUCUUCGUGCGAGAUCGUUGUCGAGUGCACACGGACGAGUACAGCUCCAUAUAAUCUGCUCCUUGAGGUAAAUUGCUCGUCGCGUUCAAGAGAAAAAAGCGAAGACCGCAACGAAUUCUGUUAAAAUGGGCGAGGAAACCGUGAAAUCCGAGCCCCAAAACGCUCAGCAAGAUAACAAGCCGGAUGUUAAUGUCGACGGUGGUGGCGGUGGUAACCAAGGCGGAGCUGGAGGUUCUCAAGGCGGUGGUCCAGGAAGUCAACGUGGUAACCAAGGUGGUGGGCCAGGCGGUGGACGUGGUGGCCGUGGUGGUGGCCAAGGAGGCGGGCGAGGUGGCCAAGGCAACAAAAAUCGUGGUGGCCAAGGAGGUGGUUCACGGUUUUCCGGUGGCCGAGGUGGUGGCGGCCAAGGAGGUCGUGGACAAGGCGGCAACCAAGGCGGUGGUGGUGGUGGCCAAGGCGGCAACCAAGGCAGUGGUGGUGGCCAAGGCGGCAUUGGAAUGGGCGGCAUGGGAGGCAUGGGCGGCAUGGGAGGCAUGGGGAAUAUGGGCAACAUGAACAGCACCAUGAAUGAAAUGCAGAUGAAAAUGAGUGAAAGUAUGAUGGAAAGUAUGAUGGAUGAAUCCAUGAUGGGUGGUGAUGGUAGAGGAAUAAGUGGUGGCCGUGGAGGAGGUAGAGGUGGUCGCGGUGGUGGUCGUGGCGGCGGUGGUCGUGGAGGGCCAGGAGGCGGCAAUGUUCACGACAAAAGUAUGCAACAAAAUAGAGGUCAAGAGGAUCGUCUGUUAAAAUCAGUUAUGAGCAUCUCUGGACCAACCCAUGAAUUGCCACCACUGGACCUUUCUGAAAGGAAAUUUGCAGGCCGAAAUCGUUUGUACGUUGGAAAUUUGACCAAUGAUACUACAGAAGAAGAUCUCCAAGAAUUAUUUGCUCCUUACGGUGAAACGUCUGAAUAUUUCCUUAACAAGGAGAAGAAUUUUGCUUUCUUACGACUGGAUUUCCAUGCCAGUGCUGAAAGAGCCAAACGUGAACUAGAUGGUACUAUUCGUAAGGGUCGUGUUCUCAAAGUUCGCUUUGCCCCACAUUCCACAAUACUAAAAGUUAAGAAUCUCACACCAUGGGUGUCUAAUGAGCUGCUUGCUCUUGCUUUUGGUGUAUUUGGAGAAAUUGAGAGAGCAAUUGUGAUAACAGAUGAUAGAGGAAAGUCUACUGGAGAAGGUAUCGUUGAAUAUUCAAGAAAGCCAUAUGCACAGAUGGCUCUUCGAAAAUGUUCUGAAGGCUGCUAUUUUCUUACUUCUUCACUUCGCCCAGUCAUAGUUGAGCUUCAUGAGCCAAAUGAUGAUACCGAUGGUUACCCAGACAAGAAUCUACCUAAAAAGAAUCCAGAAUUCUUCAAGGCACGUGAGUAUGGGCCACGUUUUGCUUCUCCUGGAAGCUUUGAACAUGAAUAUGGAACAAGGUGGAAGCAACUGCAUGAAUUAUACAAGCAAAAGGAAAAGUCAUUGAAGAGAGAAAUGGACAUGGAAGAAGACAAACUUGAGGCACAAAUGGAGUUUGCUAGAUCUGAACAUGAAACCGAAUUGUUAAGAGAACAAUUACGCAUUAGAGAAGCUGAUCGUGAAAGACAAAAGCGGGAAUGGGAAAUGAAGGAGAGACAAGUCGAGGAACAAAGACUUCGCGAAGAGGAGCUUCGUCGACGACAACAGGAGGAAAUGGCUAUCCGUAUUAGACGUCAAGAAGAAGAACUUCACAGACGACAACAAGAGAAUAACAUGUUCAUGCAGGAACAAGCAAUGCGUACUGGUAUGGGUGGUGGUAAAAGUUUUGACAAUAUACCAUCAGAACGCGAUGGAUAUCCAGCAGUCGAUGGAAAUAACUUACCAGUGGAUCCAAAGUCCUUUAUAGACCAGUAUAAUAAUAUGGAGCGCAACAAUCGCGGGGGUUACAAUGAUGAACGCGGCCAGAUAAUGGACCUUAUGGACAUGAGGGUUGACAUGGGCAAUAUGGGAAAUAUGGGCAAUAUGGGUGGUAAUCGGGGUGCCGGCGGUGGUGGUCGUUGGCAGGGUGGCAAUGAACGGCCGCGCCCCGAUGACUUUCCCAACAAGAGGAGACGUUAUUGAGAGUCAUAAUGAAUUGAUUGAUUACUAUGACAUAAGAGAUGCGUUUUCAUAACGCUCCAAUAAUUAUAACUCACAAUAAUUCAAAACAGUUGCGUUUGGAUAAUGUCUAAUGUCGUAUAUAUCUCGAACAAAGAAUUUAACUUAAUAUUUUUUAGGAGAUUGAAACUAUAUUUGACGCUUUAGAACUAAACUUUAUUUUGCGUGAACUAAUCAUUGGUCUUUUAAGAUUCUUACAUGCGUAAUUUGUAAUAAAAAAAAUCGUGAUAGUAUUCAUCAUUUCAACUCGUAGUUUCACCUCGUUCUAUUGUGACAAAAUAUGAAAACAAAUUUCAUAAUUCCCUAUGGUAAAGGCAUCUUGUCAUUGAACAUUUAGUGUAGACGUUUUUAAGCGUAUCAUAUAGGUUUUAAGCAUUCAAGAAUCUCAAUCUAAUAGAUUUAGAAAUAAUUUAGGAAACUAAUUAUCGCCUUUGAUUGGAUAAUCAGCAGUCAUAUUUGUAUCUACCAUACUUUUCCAUUUUAUCCAUUUCGAAAUCCUGCUACUAAAGUAUAUUUUUCAAGGAAAUAGAUUUUGGCAAUUCAUAAAGUCGUUUCCAGAUGGUUAAUAGUAGUAAUUUUUUGUUCAAUUGAUAUAGGAUUUAUCAUUCACCCAUUUUCAAAUCAAAUUUUUUAGGUUUUCAUACUGAAAAGUAUAUUAUGCCUUAUACGAUUACAUUAAAAAAGAAUCUUUAGUACUAGCUAUUUCUUGUGAUUCUAUUAAUUGUUGUAAACUUAUGUAACUAAAUUAUUUUCUAAAACCAUUAGAUUGAAUUUCUAAGAUUGAUAUUCAAUCUUAAGUAAUGUAGACAAUUUGAAGUAUCUGUAAUGAAACGAAUACUUUCAUUGGCUAAUAAGUAUAGUAUUCACAUGACUUGCCAAAGUAUCAAUGGAAUACUUCUUUAUCACUGUAAAUUGAACUUUUGAAAUUAUUCUUGAUUUAUCUAAAGCGAAAAUCGGGGUAAAAUUUAUAUUUAUUCAUCUUCACUGAAUUUAAAUAAAUACAUGUGUAAAAAUAGAUUCAAUGAUUUUGUUGUUUGUUCAUUCUUUGAUCAUUAAUAUUUAUUUCCUGCUAAAUAUAUCAAAUCUAAUGUAAUUAGUUAAUCU